UCGACCUUGCAUCGACGCGUUUGUGGUGGUUUUGUCGGCGAGAGUACUUCGGAGCGUGCUGCCGAGUUGUUGUUUCCAUUUUCGUUCGCGGUUAUGUUUGGAGUAACUAAGAGAACGUACACAAUGAAUCGCAAGAGGUGUGCUGUGGAUAUGGCCCGUGAACCCAACAGAAGUUUUGCAGAAACAUGGGAGGAAGUUGCUAUCUCACUGCAGCAGACAUUCUGCGAAACCCUGGGAGACUCAGACUGGGAGUCAUACAAAAUUACAGAGCACUAUUACAUGCGUCAGAAAGUAGGUUAUGCUCUUUUUGGACCACCAUCAGGGGACGAUUCUGGGGAAUAUGAUUCGUGUAAACUUGAAAAAAUAAAAGAGAUUUGCAAAAUACUCAUUGAACAAGACAAUCACAGUUUCUUAGAGGAAAACUCUGAAACUUGGAUGUCUAUAAUUUUUGUCUGUUUGGCCUUGGAGAAAACCGGAAACCACACUGAGGUGGUAACAGAGCCAGUUUUCAGAGUGCCUAGAUACUGUAAUGAAAAUGAUAUUACAGUUCAUUUCAUUGACCGCAAUGGUCGUAUUUAUGAAAGUUGGAAAGAUUAUUUACAAAAUAACAAGCUUCCAAGCUGUUCAUAUUGCUAUCCUAAGGGUGGUGUAUACCACUUAAAUGUAAACCACCAGGUAGAGGUAGAAUUUGGAAAGACUCCUGCAAGGAAACUAUCAUCAAAAAUAUGCAACGGUCUUGAUCUUGCAACUACAUUUGUGUCAGCUGGUAACUUUGGGUUAGCCUGUGCAGCAAUGUCUUUCCCAGUAAGUGCACCUAUUUUAGCAACAUCAGUCCUCACUACUGCUGUUUGUAGUGCAUAUGGAAUUGGUAGAAGCACAAAGGAGAUCAUUGAUAGGAAGAAACACAAAGAAACUAUAGGAUUAACCAACAGUGCAUCACGAAACUGUUGGCUGUCUAUUGUGGGGAAUGCUGUUGGUAUUUUAUCAUGUGGGGCUUCGAGAAUAAUCCCAAAGAUUGCACAAAGUGGGAAUGCAUUGAAUAUGGAAGGAAGAGUGUGUGUUGCUGCUCUAAGUGUUACUUCUUGCACUGUUAGUGGAAUUAAUGUAGCCAAUGAAAUAUUAAAUUUGGAUGAGAAAAGAAAGAAAAAUGACAUCCGGCCAAGUGAUGUAGCACAGUUAAUCUCAUCAGUUAUAUUUUUUGGUCAUUCAGUUCUAACUACGAAAACUGCAUUUAAUCUAAUUAGAGAAGCCCGUCAAGGAAGAUUGGAGAAAUUUGUGACAAGUGUGAGAAGUACUAAGUACAGAAAAGUGUUUUCAGAUCUUGCUGGAAAAAUUGUUGGCAAGAAAUCUGAACUUUCUGAAAGCGGCAACGUAAUCCGCUCAGUAAAAUACAUUGAAGAAUUCGGGGAGUCAUUUUUAAAUAAUGUAGUUGUGUUCAAAUCAGGUUGUAACAGAGCUUCAUACAUCAUUGAUGAGUCUGGAAUCAGGGAGUGUGUUGCAUACUUCAGAGACCUCAUUUUGAAUGCCACAAGGAACUUUGUAACACACAUGUCUAACAGCUUUCCACAAAUUGGGUUUGGAAACCAUUAUGAGAACUUGACAGCAGCAUCUGGAAAGCCACAAGUUCCUGUUGCAGAUGCUGGUUUCAACCUUCGAGGGCAAAUAUUAACACUUUUACGAGGACUUGGUGAAUUUAACAUACCUCUUCUACUUGAUCUUGGAGUGAAGAUUUUUAGUGAUCUGAAAUACCCACUUGGCAGAAGUAUUUGUGAAGUUCUAAACAUGAUUUACAUGUUUGUGAAGGAAGUAGUGAAAGAUAUGGAAAAUUUGUAUCUAGAGCAGCUACAGGAGGAAAAACGUUUAUUGGGACCAAAUUUUUCUCAGGUUGAAUUUGACCAAAAAUAUAAAAUAUCGGGGGUGAGAUUUGAAUACUUCUGUUCAGUUGCACUAAAAGCAGUAAACUUAGUAGGAGAAGUCUUCAGCAUGUUAAAAGAGGCCUGUCUUGUUACUUGCCAUAAGGUUGAUAGUAUUAAAUCAGAGAGAGCCCAGUCUCCUGUGUUCAGAGAUCUAGUUAUACCUUGGGAAUAUACAAAUUCCAGUGAAAAUAUGCCAAUAACAAAGGAUCACGCCUUGCAGAUUGCAAGAGAUCUAACUAGUGAAGAUUUGAACUGCAACAAUUCUGUUGUUGCAUAUUCAGAAUCAGAAUUAUUUGUUAUAAUUGAAGAUAAGUCCAUACCUUUAAAUGUUGUGAGAAUAAAAUAUAUAGUUGAAUGUCAGAUAAUUUAUGCUUCAGUUAUGUGCUGAACAAUUCUGGAAUUUGUAACAUUUUGUUUUACAGAAUGAAUCUCUUUAUUUACGUAAAAUGUCUUGUUGAAAUUCAGCUAAUUGAACCUUCUGUUAAAUGCUGAAAAAAUUCUAAAAUUUGUAAUGUUUUGUAUCCCAGAAUGAAUCUCUGUGUGGAAAACAAGAUAACUGAUGAUAGAUAAGACAAUUGAUGCUUCAGUUAAGUGAUAAAAAAAAUCUUGAAUUUGUAGCCUAAUGUUUUGUUUUAUGAACUGAAUUUUCUAAAGCAAGAAGUUUAGUGCCUUAAACAGCUUUACACAGAUAUUUUUCUAGAUUGUUUCACUUUAUACUACUGAAAAAAAACAUAAAAACAAGCAGAUUUUGUGUGUAUGUAUUACUACUUUUAUUAAUUUGCAGAUGCACAGCCCCCAAAUAUAAGAAGUUGCAAUAUCGUAUACACCUCAUUUAAGUAUUCUUUGUGUAGAUUGGGGAUGCAAUGAAAACAAAGUGAAUAAUAUACCUUGUGCUGUGUCUAGCACAUCCCUAAAUAAACUGUUUCAGCAAUUGAUCAAACUCCA